AUGAAACCUUCUUUGUUUUUCUUGGUCGCAAGCGUUGCCGCUCAGUUGGACAUUGGCAUUACUAACAGUCUGGGUGCAAAACUUUCUCCCAUCCACAACAUUUCUAUUGGAUCUCCGCUUACGGAAAUUCCCUUCCAGAUCCGUCUAGACGCAGCAAGACUGUAUGUUUCUCCCUCUUUGAGUAGCUCAGGCCUGGUUUUCAAUCUUCUGGAUCUGGAGGCUUUUUCGGAAACUUCUCAAUGUCCCUUCAAUGGAGAAGACCUUUACAUACCCAAAAAGAUAGGCAUCGACCGUAUUUCCAUUGGGGGCUUCGAAGUCGACGACUACCCCUUUGUCUUAUCUGAUAUCGAUGGUUUCCGCUUAGGCCUCGCUCUUCCAGGGCCCGUAGGGUACCUGGAUGAUUGUCCGAACAAGAACUUUUCCAUUGUGUCAUUGAUGCAAGAGUCUGGCUACAUCAAGAGCAAGGCAUUUUCGCUUUCCUAUUUCGAUUCUGCACCCCAGGUCCUCUUUGGCGCUAUCGACCACGGUGCAUAUGAUGGAUCGCUCUACAAAUUCAAAUUGCUUCACGACACACCCAUUGCAAAACUGGACUACAUCAACCCAGGACUCCUUUUGGACGGCAUAGCAGGCUUUAACUUCCUGUAUUCCAAUCAGUCCAUAGCACUCCUCUCCUAUGGACCCACGUAUUUACUGCAGAGCUAUAUCGAUGCGUUGACAGACCACUUCAAUGGCACGCAAGGACGCAAUUUGGUUCUGGUGCCAUGCCUGUACUUGCAGCUGACAGAUUAUAUUUCCUUUUACUUCAGCGGAGUGGAGUUUCCAAUUCCUGAAAAAAGCUUUAUUUCUCCCCCUGAUUCUUCUUACCCAGGCUGUGUCCUCAAUGUGGCUCCGGCAAUCACAACCAUGCAGCUCGGAGACAUUUUCAUGAAGGGCCGUUAUGUAGUGGUUGACUACGAUUCUGGCGAUGUUGCUCUUGGCCAAGCCGCAGCAGAAGAGAAGCAAGAAACCAUCCAAGAGAUAGUCUCGGGCAUUCCACUGGCCACUACAGCCGUCUUUUACACCUACUCGGAAUCGGACUCCACCUCCAGUAACCAGUAUGUCACAUAUUACUAUACAAUGAUGCUGAAACAUCCAGACUAUGCCAUGUACACCGGCAAGAGAUCCAAUUCGGAUGUUACUGUUUCUGUUGAUACCGAAGCCCAAACUGCCACCACCAGUGCUCUGGAACCAAGUUCAAGCAGCAAGGCGUCUGCAGACGAUACAUUUGUUGCUGGCGGUGUUAUGGCUUUCUUUGUUGGAGCGUUGUUGAUGAUGUGA